GGUAAGGUAAGUGAGCGAGAAGGGACACAGUAAGAGGCAGGCAGGAAAGCAGGCAGGCCGAGGCAGGCAGAGGCGGAGGCAGGCAGGCACGCAGGCCAGGGCGUGAAGGGAUUCAGUCCCCCACACACAACUCUUUAUGAUGAGACCCGACCACAGCAUUUGAAGGCAAGGAAGAUCGCUAGCGAGGGCAGUAGUCGAUUCGAGUCGAGUCGAAUCGAGUCGAGUUGGAGUUGAGUUUAGUUCAGAGGAGAGAAGCCUUCGAGGGAGAGCGACAGACGUCGAGAUUGAAGACAGAGAGAUUGAGAGAUAGCGACAGAGACAGGCAGACAGCGACAGAGAGAGAAAGAGAGAUAGAGAGGCGCUUAUGCAGGAAGCGAAGGCAGGCAAACCGGUGCGGACGUAGAGGCGAAGGAGGGAGAAUCCGAGAUCGGGGCGUGUCCUCGUAGAAAUUUGUUGGUCGGACUAUCAGUGGUUUCAGACUCUGCAGUUGCGAGGAAGGCCGCGGCGGAUUUCUGAGGGACGGGCUACCCAACCGAUCUUCUGACAGUUCACUCUGGCAGCGUCUACAAUCCAGCGUUCUCGCACCUCCCCGCAGGUGUGGGGGCGAGCUGGAUUCUCUCCAGCCAUCGUUGGUCUCUCACAAUCUCGACAUUCGCAGGUCUGGAGAACCUGCCGCAUGGUGCAGGGGCUCUCCGUAGACUACGGCUAAUGUAGAUCAAGGGCAGAAGAUCGAAAAGCCUCAUCGAUGUAGUCAAUUUCUCGUAGUGUUGGGUUGGGAUCCCGUCUUGCCACAUCUCUCCUCGGGCUGCUUUGCCGUUCGGUACUCUUUUGGUGUUCCGAUUCAUUUUUUAAAUUCAUUAGAAGCCAUCAGAACAGUGAGGAUUAUGCUGGGUAGUGAAAUUUUCCUAAGAAACAAGAUCAAGAACUUAGAGGAAUCUUCGACGGCCUCUUGCGCCUGCGAUAGUCUAUCUUGCGCAAGGAUCUGUUGUCUCGAUUCGCUCGUGCGCCCUGCUCCCGCCGGACGCCGAGUGUUUGGAGUGUGUGAAGUGAAGUUUCAGCCGUCACCAUGAAGGGAGGAGUAACCUGCCUCGGGGGCAUGUUCUGCCGCAGGAACAAAGUCAAGAGGGCCAUAAUUGACGACGCGAUCGUCGCCAAGAAGGGCAGUCAUGACAACAUGGUCACCGACGGCACGGCGUACAAGGAGUACUCGGUGAGCUUCUUCGCCAGCGGCAAGGAAGGGAUCAUCACCGUCGCGAACGACGUGAUCGCCUUCCGGAGUCAAGGAAGCGUGCACCACGUCGGGGAAGGGCGGACGCACGUGUGCGCCGAGCCGGAAGAUGUCGUCGUCGCGUCUGUGGAGACCGUACCAGCCGCAGAUGCUGCUGCAGCGGACGCGGAGUCGCGAUUCGCCCGGGAGUUUGUUGCGACAACGGCCUCGGCCGCGGACUCGCCAAGCCCUAAGGCCAUGACGAGAUGCGACGCCGCGAUCACCAAGCCCGUGACGAGAUCCAGUUCCGUGAACGGGCUGGGCGACGCGGAGUACGAAGGCGAGGACGAGGGUGAGGGUGAAGGCGAUGGCGAGGACGAAGAGGAUGUGACCGGAGCCAGCGCGAGGGGCGCGCGAAGAUCCACUGACGCGCGGAGCGAGCCAAUCCGGAUCGAAGACGACUCGUCGUCGCACGCCGAGGCGCUGGAUAACGACUGCGCGCGAUAUUACGAUGAAUUCUCCACCAGCGGAGGAGGCCCGGGCUCCAUCCGGCGCGAUGAGCACUCCUUCGGCGACCUGGAGAUGGCUAGUGGCCACGUCAGCGAUCCCGGCGUGUACCCGAAAUGCCUGCUGGAGUCGUCGUGCAGCUCUCCGAUGCUCGAUGGGCGCGAAGUCGCAGAAAAACGAAAACAGCAGAGCCACGCUGGCGAUGGCGAGCGCGACCGCGACCGGCGCAAUCAGGACAACAGCAGCGUGCUCUCGGGGCCUCAGACCACGGCGGGGCUGUCUUACGAGAGCGGCUCGUCGACCACGGGUGAGGUGCGCGACGGGGCCGGCCGGUUGGCGCCCGGGGGCAGCCCCAAGUCCGAGGCGGCGUACGAGUACAAGUUCGGGGCGUCGAGCGAAAGGAAGCCGUGGUGGAAGGUGUUCCUCGUGUCGCACCGCAACAUCCACCGCGAUGCGCUGGGGCCGCUGGCGGAGGGCGACGGCGGGCGCAGCCUGUCGCCGCUCAACGGCUACAUGUCGGACGGCGAGGCGCGGAGCGGACGGAGCUCGUCGCCUUCGAACAAGAUCGAGGGCGCGUCCGACGGCGACAACUGCAACGGCGCGGUGGGGCGAUCGCUUAUGCUCCGCAGCAGCUUUUCCGACCAGGAUCUGUAUCGGCAGUCGUCGGGAGGCGGCCCGGAGUCGGCUUCCGACGAACUCGUGGCCGCCCCCGGGACGGGCAAGCCCUCGUCGAUCACCGCCCGCCGGUGGGAUGCGUUCACCGAGAAGACCGGUCUCAGUCGCGUCGAGGAGUGGGUGAGCAAUGUGCACCCGUUGGCGCCGACGCUGGACGAGGACCAGAUGGAGGGGGCCGAGAUCGUGCCCGAGUCUCCGACGGCGCCAGCGGCCGCAUUUUUCGCUCAGCUGGGCGAGGAGUCGCCGUUCGCCGACGCGGAAGAGAAGCAUGGACUGGUUCGCGGCGACGGCGUGCUGGACGUCGACGCCGAGAUGGCCCGAAGGGUCGUCCGGUCGGUGAAUCCGCUGUCGACCGUGGCUCACUUCUCCGGCGUCGGAUUGAAGGUGAUGCCGAGCUUGGGGAUCUUCGGCAGCUUGAAGACCCUCAACCUCUCGGCGAACAGCUUCGUUCGAAUCACGCCUGGCUGCCUCCCAAAAUCCCUUCACACACUGGAUCUGUCCCGGAACCAGAUCGUCGUGAUUGAAGGACUCCGCGAGCUUACUCGCCUUCGUGCAUUGAACUUAUCAUUUAACAGGAUCACUCGAAUUGGCAAUGGGCUGUCGAACUGUAUGUCGUUGAAGGAACUCUACUUGUCGGGAAACAAGAUCAGCGAGCUGGAGGGGCUUCACCGAUUGUCGAAGCUGAGUGUCCUGGACCUGAGUUUUAACAAGGUUACGACCACGAAAAGUCUCGGUCAGCUAGCAGCCAAUUACAAGUCGCUUCAGGCGCUGAACCUCCUGGGGAACCCAGUGCAGUCGAACCUGGGAGAUGAUCACAUGAGGCGCAUGAUCACGGGAGUGUGCCCGCAGAUUCUUUAUUUGAACAAACAACCUUUGAAGACCGUGUCCAACCGAGACGCAGUCGAUAACAACGUCGCGCGCGCAGCGCUGGGCAAGAGUGCCGGGGGCAAGGCCCUGGCCAAGCCGUCCAAGCGAGCAGCCGGGCACUCGGCCGCCAGCAGCCAUCGCCGCAGCCACAGCGGCGGAGGUGCCAGCAAAAUCAAGCCGGCCAGCAAGGGCGUUCUGUCCCCUGUUCUUGUGAGCCAGGACCCUGGGUACCACCGCAAGGCGCAUCACUCCCGACUGCCCGACAAGGUCUCGACCUCGAAGGAAGCUCGCAAAGGCUUUGUGCCACUGCCGGAGUCUGCGUACCCUCCUCUCGUCGACAGGAAGGGUCGUCCCGUCGAGCGGAUGGAGUUCUCCAUGAUGCCAAGAGUGAGGAGCGAUGAUGCCCUGUUCCGUGAACACAGGCAGUCGGUCUCGUCAGCUCAGGAUCUGGGGAACUCGUCGAAGCUCAAUGACUUCGUCACCUUUGACAAGUACGAUAAAGUGCUGGUGGGCCAGUAGCCGCCGAAUCCAUCAGAGAUUCGCUAGCUUCAGCUGUCUGAAUCUGUGAACCAUCAACGUCGAGGACUCAUUCUGACGAGGGUGGUAUUUAUCUAGCAGCAGAUCUUCGUUCAGUUAGAUUCAGUAGGUACGCCCCACCCUCCAGGAGGUCCUUCUGUUGUUGUUGUUCCGUUACCUACAAUUGUUUGGACAAUGUGUUCUGUGAUCGGUCGAGGGGCAUCUCCGCCUGGGUCAUCAUCUCUGGUGUAUUAGAUGAGAGUUUAGUACAACACGUGGGGCUGUCUUCUCGACGAGCUACGCGUUCGAAUGAACUAUUUGCAGUCUUUUAACUUCAAUGACGAGUGGAUUUCAAUUCAGAUGGCAUUUUUCGAGCCUCCGAGGUUUCUCUCUGUGACGAGAGGUGUUGCUCACACUAGCAUUGCAAUCCUGGAUGGUGGAGACUUGUAGCACUCUUCAGAGUUUCGUCUUUGGGAUUUCCAAUUACUUCUGAGUCGACGCGAAGGACGAACGGUGGGAAAAAGUUGACAAAAUGUUUGCGGAGAUGAGUCUAUACCCAGAGAAGCUGCCUUCUGUAUGUAUUAGGAACAAUCUUCACCUGUCGCGGUGUAUAUAUCAAAAUAAAUUGUUACUUCCUUCCUUGCUACUUU